AGAAGAUGACCAAAGACAGCAUGCAGAAGACAUGUCUAAACUGGAACAGAGUCUGAUAAUGAAGGACGAGGUUAUCAGACAACUGGAGGACGUAAGUAGAAGAACAGAAAAUAUUGAAGUGAGGAGACUAAAGGAGGAUCUUAGAACAAGCCGAAUGGAAAUAGAAUCGCAGCUAGAUGCAAGUCAAUAUCAGAAGAAUGAACUGAACCACUUGAAUCAAAAACUGGAAAGUAGUAAAAACGAAAUUUCCAAGCUACAAGCAGAGCUUUCUAGGAAGCAGGAGGAAGUAAAAUUCUUAGAAGACAAUGACCUCAAACAACUGAUGCUGGAAAAUUCAAAGGUUUGAUAAUUGUAGUUUACUAAAUAAAAUUCUGUCCAAAUUAUGAUCAUCGGCAGUCCUUAAGACUGGUUUUCUUCAGCAGCCCCAGCUCGUGUAAUUCUAGAGGUCCGGU